AUGGACGGGUACUGCCUGCGAUGGGCUGGGAAACAUCGUUCAAUACAAAUGUCACUCUUACAAAAGAAACGUGGUGAACGAGAAUGGCAUCCGAAAACCGUUUCGUUAGAGAGAAAAGUUUUCUUUGUGUUGAACGAUUCGAACCAACUCGUGACUCAUGUGUAUUUCUCAUAUCGUACUAACAUACCGGUUGUUCCCAUCAUAUCUUUGAGGAAGAGAAAGCUGUUUUCUGCUCAGUCAGAAAUUAAAGAAGCCCUCCGUAACCGAACUAAGGCCGAAGCCAAAGCCUAUCUCAGAGACAAUGGGAUUGAUGUUACUACUUACGAGCUCACGAGUGCGUGUCGAACAGUUUCUUCACACAAAAAGACAAAGUUGGGAAGGAAACCCGCGACUGAUCCGUCUAAGUUGUACAAUAUGUUCGCAUGUUCAUCUAAUCAUUUGCAAAAGUUGGAACCAUUGCUGGUUGACAAAGUUGGAGAAAAAGCUACUAUAGUUCAAGUGGUGACUUUUCCAGUUGCUUUUAAACAUUUUGCAGCCCAUCUACCAGAUUUCCACAAGCUCUUGGAGCACAAAAAAAAAAUAGAGCUGAUGAGCCAAAUGAAUGAGAUGGAAAGUGAUGAAGAACUUCGUCGCAUGUUAGCACAAGUCAACUGUUCAGCUGUGACGUUUGCUUCUGAUAUUGAUAUUAAGUAG